GUCAGGUCUUGGAAGAGCUGUGCUCUGUCUGCUGCACAGACACGUUCACAGUCUCCAAAGGGAGGUCCUUGAGGACAGAACCAUGAAUUCAGUGUUUUCCAGGUGGCUGUGUUCUCUCCGUGCCAGAUGAAUCCCAGUGCUGUGAAAUGUGUCCCUGUUCUUCUUCCUAAAGAAAUGCAUCUGCUGAUGUCAAUUUCCAGAAAACUUGAUUUGCCAACUGCUGCGCUGUCAGCAGCUCAGGAAAGAGAUUUUGAACUACAGGGCUAUGGAUUUGAAGCUGCUUUGGAGCAAUUGAGAAGGCCACGUAUUGUUCGAGUGGGACUGAUACAGAAUAAAAUUCCUCUUCCCACAGACACGGCAGUGGCAGUCCAGGUGGCUGCUCUGCACAGACGCAUCGAGGAGAUGGUGGGAGUGGCUGCAAUGUGUGGGGUCAACAUUGUGUGUUUCCAGGAGGCUUGGACCAUGCCAUUUGCCUUUUGUACAAGAGAGAAACUUCCUUGGACUGAAUUUGCUGAGUCAGCAGAGGAUGGGCCAACAACAAAGUUCUGUCAAGAGCUUGCAAAGAAGUACAAUAUGGUUGUGGUGUCUCCAAUCCUGGAGCGAGAUGAACUGCAUGGAGGAAUUCUGUGGAAUACUGCAGUGGUCAUUUCUAAUUCUGGAACACUCCUUGGCAAAAGUAGGAAAAAUCACAUUCCAAGGGUUGGAGAUUUCAAUGAGUCUACUUACUAUAUGGAAGGAAAUACAGGACACCCAGUGUUUCAGACACAGUUUGGGACAAUUGCUGUGAACAUCUGCUAUGGACGCCACCACCCUCUGAACUGGCUCAUGUAUAGCAUGAAUGGAGCAGAGAUCAUCUUUAACCCUUCAGCCACCAUAGGGGCACUCAGCGAGGCGCUGUGGCCGAUCGAAGCCAGAAACGCUGCCAUAGCCAAUCACUGCUUCACAUGCCCCAUCAACAGAGUUGGAACGGAAUACUACAAGAACGCCUUUACUUCUGGAGAUGGUGGAAAAGCACACCACGAGCUGGGCCAUUUCUAUGGCUCGAGUUACGUGGCUGCUCCGGAUGGCAGCAGGACCCCGGGACUCUCUCGCACUCAGGACGGGCUGCUGGUGGUAGAGAUGGACCUAAACCUCUGCAGGCAAGUCAGUGACAAAUGGAAUUUUAAGAUGACUGGUAGAUAUGAAAUGUAUGCAGAAAAGCUCGCUGAAGCAAUCCAGCCUUUCUUUAUACCCAAUAUCAUCAAAGAGUAAGAGAGAGCAUCUCAUUACACUCAAAUGUUACAAGACAAAUUCAAAGUUACUGUUGGAUUAUAGCUUUACUAUGAAUCACAAGUUGCUGUUUUAAUGUUGUCAGUUUAAUUUCAUGUAACCAAUUUUAAAUAAGAGGAGUUAGAACUAUGUUAUGUAAAAGAAUUUAAAGUGGCUUCUUAAGUGUUUGUCAUUUACUCUGAGUCUAAAGUUGUUCCUAGCUAGAAAUACAUCCAGUGUUUUUGUAGAGUAGAUACAGUGUACUGUGAUAGUUGAUGGGAUGAAUUCAGAGGACAUGAAAAUUUUUACGUAAGCUUUGCAUUGUACAUCUGUUUCUGCUUUCUGGUUUUUACCCUCUGCCCAAGUGCAUAAUUUAGGGAGAAAUGAGGCAGAAAUUGUUUUCAUCUGGGUUUUGUUUGCCUUUUCUGCUUACAAACUACUUGAUGCAGUUCAGUUACAGCUAAGUAAUGUACCACAAGUCCCAGUUGCUGUGGGUGCUGUAAAGCAGGACUGCUUUGGUUCUGUUGCCUUUUACACAAGCACAGCUGGAGCAGUGUCUUUGCUGGGCCCCUUCUAGGUGCAGAAGUCGUGCUCAGGGAGAUGCUUUGGUAUCUUCUGAAGCUCAGUGCCCUGAAGGGAAGCAGAAUAGAGACCCUGGCCAGUGCACCGGCAAGGCUGGGGCAGUUGCAUGCUUUUGACUGUGAACAGAAAGCUCAGGAUGGGUAAGGAAACUGCUUCCCUGGGGCUGCACUCCAGUAGGAUAUGUGGCGGCUGCAGAGUAUACAAACCAGCUCUGGAAUAAAGGUAGUUAUGAUACAUUUGCUGUUCUUAGGUAGUACUGAAAUUUUAGUAGUAUACUUAGUGUUCUUAGGUAGUAUUCUGAAAUUUUGCUUCAUAUGAUUUGGGUGAUGGCAAUGAGUGUUCAGGCAAUGCAGACUGAAUACAAUUUACAGCCCAGCAACUAUGAAUUUGUAGUUAGUAAUAGUAAUAAAUAUUUGAACUCUUGUUUUUGUUUUACUACAUUACAAUUUCAGAUUUUCAAAAAUGUUAUUUCUAAUAAACUUGUUAAUAAAUGCACUUGCUACGUUGUUACCAGGUUAUUUGUGAGCUUAACCUUUAUUGAGAAUGGCUUAAUUACAAAUAAAAAUAUAUUUAUGUAUAAAAUCCCUGCAUGUAAAAUCCCCUUCCUUUGCUAUUGACAUCCUGACAGAAACAAAGCAACAGAACAUUUUCAGAGUGUUUUGUAAUAGGACAAGUCUUGUAAUAGGAAACAAAGUUCCAGAAAAUGCAGGUGUUCUGGAUGCUUGUGCAGUGAGCUGCUUUUUCAGUUGAAUUUGAGUCACAUACUCAGUCUUUUCACUUGGCUUUUGCUUCUUCUUGUGUUUUCAUCUCUCACAGCCAUCUUCCAUUUGGCAGCUGUAUGAGAUCCUGUUGUAGUGGACCUCUCCUUUUGUCUGCACUAGCUUAGACAGCUUUGCUUAUCUUUCAGUUCUGUUGAAGCAUUUAAACCCUGGGUACCCAACACUUACCUGUCAAUAUUGUUACACCUGUGUGUGCACUUAGAACACUAAGCCUGCCCUUAAGUUCAUGUUUUCUGUAGACCCAGGAUUCACUUUUGGUAAUGGAAACAGUAAGAUGCUGAAUGCCAGUUACAAGCCUUUGUAAGAUUUGUUUUUAUUCAACUAAUCAAGCCUGCUCUAAGAUAAAUCCUGUGGCAGUUUAAUGGUAUUGAAUGAUCUACCUACCUGAAAAUGCAUGGGUUAAGGAGGUACCCUAACAGCCUGUAGCUUCCAUACCUGUUAAUUAUUAACAGAGCUAACACACUCUCUCAAAAUCAAACAUCACGAUUUUGACCCUGGACAUAAAAAUUCCCAGAUCAGGGGUCUUCUGGUUAUUUACUUUGGAGGAGUUGAAAGGCACUACCUACAACAGGUUUUGUACCUUUCUUCUGGAAGGAUUCUGCUGGUGGCACUGAUGGACCAGUUCUACACAAAUCACAUCCUACCUGUUGCUCAUCACUGCCAGAAUAUAUUUAAACUUCACCAAUGACAAGCAAAAUUUGACACACAAAACUUCCUGUCAUGCACUUUUGUUUGGAUUUUUUUAAGGGUUACUGCAUUUUAGAUGUCUGUUAUAAUUUUUUUGCCUUUGUACAAAGGAUCACUCUUGAUUCUACUAAGUACUUAAUCAACACUGUAUACUUUUCAGUUAGUAACAACUGAUAAAAAAAAUGUUUAUCUUGCUAAAAAAACUUUCUAUGCUGAAAGUAGGUUCCUAUUUAUUAUAUCCACACAGUUUCAGAACUUGAACAGUUCUUUUCCUAAAACCAUGCCAGAGAUGUGGGAUCUCUGCCUUAAGUGCAAAUUUUCCUAGUUUUAUGUCAGUGCUGAUUUUUCUACUCACUUUCAUAUAGGCAGGACUGAAGAUUGAGACUUAUAAGAAAUUAGGAUGGAUGAAGCUGAAAUAAGUGGCUUUUUCUUACACUUCAGAGUGCUCCUCAGGUAACAGAGGAAAGGGCUAUGAAUGGGCUGCUACCAAUUUCACUUCACGUCUCAAUAUAGCAACAACUUAAUCCACAUACAGCUGCAGUAUAAGAGCCAGAACAAUCUAAAUUCCUGCCUUCUUGUAGAAGGUAUGUGUGUAUUUCCUCUUUCCUUAAUUGAUUUUAGCUCUUCUGAGAAUGUCACUGAACUAAUACUAACAGCAAAAUUUGGCUCAAAUUAUGAUUUAGCAUUUUAGAUACAAUGCAGUAGAUGCUGUCAGGUAUUUACACUUUACACAUAAAAUAUAUAUACCAUUAGUGUGGAUGAUAAUUUUCUGCAUUUGCUUAAUAAGUUUAAAUAUUUAGAAUGUUCAUAUUUAGAAUGGAUUCUGCAGAAACUGGCACAUGUGGGUGGCAUAACAUUCAGAGCUUUUUGCAAAAAGCACUACAGACUUCCAAGUGCAAAUAAAAUCUUUCCACCUAAAGUUUUGGAGCAAUAUGGAGCUCUGAGCAGUCAUCCAAGAGGAUUUAGCCAAAAGAGAUUGAGUUUGUAGUGCAAGGGAGUAAUUCCAGUAUUGCAGUUGCAUAAAUGCUAAAUCUCUGUGAAUGUGGUAGAUGGGAAGUUUCCUACAUUGCAAACAACACUGAUGAACCAGCAAGGCAUUUUUUUGUUAUUUAAAAAUGGUUUAAGUUAUUUUUUUUCCCUUUACAAUAUUCUGCUGAACUUCAAAUCCAUAGUUUUUGUAUGAAGACCAGCCCUUCAUGCUUUGACAGAGAGAAGCAGGUAUUUUCUGUUUUUUCCUUUGUUUACCUAAACCUAUGCAAAUAUUACCAAGUGUUGAAAUUCAUAAAUUUGGUGCUUUUUUCUUAUGUAUUUAAUUUGAAAAUAAGCUGAAAGUGAACAGGCUCUGGGCCUGUAUUUUAGAACUGCUGUCAAAUGU